AUGUGCGAUCACUUCAAAGUCAAGGGCUAUGCAUUUGAUAAGAUCACUCCUCUCGAGACAGGGGCUGUUGGGAAAACUAGUAGUAAAAAGAGAAAAACAAUGAGUAAGGGAGAGCAGGCCAGGACAUUGGGAUCUGAGUCUGAGGCCCCCGGCCCAUCUUCAUCCACUGCUGCACUAGCACGCUCAAUGUGCGAUCACUUCAAAGUCAAGGGCUAUGCAUUUGAUAAGAUCACUCCUCUCGAGACGGGGGCUGUUGGGAAAACUAGUAGUAAAAAGAGAAAAACAAUGAGUAAGGGAGAGCAGGCCAUGACAUUGGGAUCUGAGUCUGAGGCCCCCGGCCCAUCUUCAUCCACUACUGCACUAGCACGCUCAGUACCCCAACGUCUUGAUGCACUUGAAGCAACAGUGCAUGGGAUUGAGGCAUCAGUGCAGGGGAUGAUGGCCAUGGAAGAUGAUGAAUAA